GCGGGGGAGUAGAGGAGUGCGCGUGAGGUUCUGCCGCUCUGUCCUGUCUCCCUCCUCCCCCGGCUGCUGUAGUGCUAGAGGCCGGGCGCGUGUGCGCAGCGACCGACGCUCCGUUUCCAAUCGGCGGUAGUACCUACUAACGGACCCAGCGCACCAUGGCCGAUGAGAUUGACUUCACGACUGGAGAUGCUGGUGCUUCCUCCACCUACCCCAUGCAGUGCUCUGCGCUGCGCAAGAACGGCUUUGUCGUGCUCAAGGGACGUCCUUGCAAAAUUGUUGAAAUGUCAACCUCUAAGACUGGCAAGCAUGGUCAUGCCAAGGUUCAUUUGGUUGGUAUUGAUAUUUUCACUGGCAAAAAAUAUGAAGAUAUCUGCCCAUCCACUCAUAACAUGGAUGUUCCAAAUAUCAAGAGGAAUGACUAUCAACUGAUCUGUAUUCAGGAUGGCUACCUCUCUCUGCUGACAGAAAGCGGUGAAGUUCGUGAGGAUUUGAAGCUGCCAGAAGGUGAUCUAGGCAAAGAAAUAGAGGGGAAAUACAAUGCAGGUGAAGAUGUACAGGUGUCAGUCAUGUGUGCAAUGAGCGAAGAAUAUGCUGUAGCCAUAAAGCCCUGCAAAUAAAUGGGAUCUCCAGGCUCGAGCAAUUGCUCAGGUCCAGACAAACCACAGAUCUUAAAUUUGGUUCUGAUUGUCACCAAAGCUAUGGCCUUCACAAGCAACCUCAUUUCUUUUUGGAUUGUUUCAAAAUAGUGCUGGAUUCUGAAUUAGUGUUGCAGGCUGACUGGCAAUUUUCAUAAUCACUGAGGUUUUAAUUCCUUAUGAAUUGUGUAACUAACAUGCCUGUAGGUUUCAGUUCAUGGGUCCAAGAAACCUGAUGGUUUCAUUCAUUAGCAGGUAUAUUUUAUUUGUUUGAGCAAAACAUGUCUGUCUGUUUGAACAGACAAUGUACAGUAUUCAGGGGAUUUUAGACAAAAUAGUAGAUGGUAUCUAGGAUUCUAAAUUAACCUAGAACAUAAAUAGUAUUUAGUUUUUUUGCCAUAACAUUUAGCUAGAACUGACAUAAUAUAGAAUUGUUUUAACUUAGACAUUAAUAUCUUGUGAAUUGGGAUUCUCAUUGAAUUGUGGGUGCUGAUCACAUUUCUUAGACCAUGAAACUCAAGUGAUUAAAAAAAAAUGCCAAUUAGCUUGACAAAGUCCUGGUGGCCAUGUGCAACUAACUGUAUUACCUCUUGUUAUAAUCUCCCUUUGCCAACUUGUUGGCUUGCUUAUUGUAACUUUAUAAAAAUGUCAAAAUCUGCCUUUGGUGUAGGCAGGCAGUCAGAAUGUUGGUUGGAUGUUACAUAGCCAGAUUAAAGGUGCACAAAUAGGUGGGAUUAGAUGUUAAAGUGAGACUUUCACUUGAGGCCUUUGUCAGACUUAAAAAUAAUAAAAAUAGAAAAAUGCAGUUCAGUUGCUCUUAUUGUAUUAUCUUAAACUAUAAAAAGGAGUGACUAACUCCACAGGAAUCUCUUGCAGUGCUUCCAGUGUUAGGUGUAAAUGUUCAGGUUCUAACUACUUUGAUUUUGUAGCACAAGGAGUAUAGGUUUUUGACCACUUUUUUUUUUUUUUAAUGAAUUGUAGCAUUGGAACUUAAAUGCACAUCUUUUUCAUGUGUAAAGGAAACCUAACUAUUCAAAUGCAAAAAAGUUUGCAUUUAUAAAAGUAAAAUACAGGCACAGCGGACACCAAUAUAAAACAUAAUCAUGGCUCAAAUAUGGGAGUAGUAGUAAUAAGUUACUACAUGUAACUGUUCUAGAAAUAAACAUGGCAGAAGCUACAUAGGUAGCUUGCCAUGAACACAGCAGUUGUUCCUGACUCAUUUAAAAAUGUGUAUUUAGGCAUGACUUCGUUAACUUGUUAAUGGCAAACAUGAAAGGCUCUGCAAAACUGACAGAAUUGUCACUAACUUAGCAUCUUGUGCUUUCUGUAUGGUGCUCUUACACAUGAAUUUCAUUCUUCUACUAUAAUUCGUUCUCAGACUAGUUCAUGGCUUAAACUUCAACUCACAUUUCCCUAUAAUGGGGCUUGGCAGAACUAGAUUUGUUUUUUUAUAUUAAGCAUGUUUAUCAAACUUUAAAUUUCAGUUGUAGGAAAUUUGGGAGCAGGGUGAGAUGUCUACUUAAUGACAGCAGAUGUUGAGAUUCAAAGUUAAUUAUAAGUCUCUAAAACACAAAUGGCCAACAUCACGUGUCAAAAUCUACAGUUUGAUGUCCUUAAAUCAAACUAAGUUCUCAAGCAGCAUUUUUCUUUAUCUGUACAUUUUGUUUAUCAAUGUAGACCUUUUAGUUGGUUUGUGAGUAUGGUCAAAUGGAUAUUUACUGACAGAUUAAAAAUCUGUCCUUCCAAGCCUACUUCUAAUGAACCACUUUAUAAACUUGCCUUAAGCUUCAAUGGCUAUUGACUAAUUUGGGACAAUUUAAAUACUUGGAAUACUGCCCUUGCAAAACAUACACUGUUCAUAAUCUCUAUCUUUCAUUGGCUGCAGGAGCCAUGACUUCAGGCUAUUAUCCACUAUCUUAAAAUAGAUUUAACUUAGCAGUAGGAACGCUCCAACCUACUAAAGGGGUUGGAGUAGAGCAAUUACCUUAUGAGUUGAACUUGUAUAUGAAACUUAGUCUAUAUCCUGGUAGACUACAGUGAACCUGAGUGAUGAAAAGUAAAACACACACUGACGGUAUGCAUGUGCCUAGUAUACCAUGACAGAGGGGGACAAGCAUCAUGCAGCUCAGGCUAGCAAUAAAUAGCUACCUAAUCCAUCUCAAAGCACAAUGUACUGUAACUAUCCUUACAGCAGUCAAGUAUCACUACAUAUUUCUGCCUUGCUUACAGGGCAUUGUGAUUGAACUUCCUAAAUAGCACCUUGUUUUGUAUGCAACAAUAAACUUGAUUCUUAAAACAAGGCUCUGCACCCUAUUACAGGCUGAAACCUGUGUAAACUAUAGUGCUUUCUUAAGAGCUAAACCUCAAUGCUCUCCUUGUCUUCCUGUACCCCACCAGGAAGUGGAGUGUGGGAGGGUAGGAGGGAACAGCAGUGCUUGUUACGUUUCAAUAUCUCAUGGUGUGGGUCAAUAAAAACCAGUGCCUCUGGACCUGGUCUUAAGGACAAGAUGAGGUGCCUGCAACCAGCUAGGAUGUCUAGCACUGACAUAACCAAGCUAAUGCAAGUUCUGGCUGCUAUAACUAUAUUAAAAUAUAGUUCAAAGGCUGGACAAAUUCAGCUAGUGUAGCAUCUUAUUGUGUUAAUACAAUUUUAAAGAUCUCAUAUGCAACUAAAACAUUUGAUGUAAUCAGACAUUGGAUGCAGCUCGUCCACAAGUGUCCGGAAAGUAUAGGACUAGCUAUCUCAAAGUAGUCCCUUGACUGAGAGAUUUCUUAGGGCUAAAAGGCAGUUCUACUAACCACUGCCUGCAGUUCUUCAAAAUGUAGGUUUGAGAUGACAGUACUUCUCCAAGCAAGAGUUUGUUCUGUUGGCUGGUUCUGUAGCAGUCUUGCAUAUGACUAAAUACCUAUUGCUUAUCCACCUUUGUAAGGCACUUUGAGAUCUAUGAAAGUAAUUAUUAGGUCAUCAUACAUAUGGAAUUGCCUGGAGAAAACUAAUCUAUUACUAGUAUCUUGGACACUUCAUCAGUUAAGUUACAGUAUUAUGUUUUACUAAACUUAAAACCAAUGUUUGAGCUAUUUCUUUAAUAGCAAGCUAUUUCAGCUUACUGUCAAUAGUCAUAUUUACAAUAAACCUUUGAAUUGCUACUAGUAGCAAUUCAAACUGCUGCAUCUUCCUGAAAUAUCUAUCAGAAACAUCAUGAGGUGAAUUUCUUGCUCUCAAAGCUUCACUUUAAAACAGAUCUCAUCUAUUUACCUGGUUUGUACUACUAGCUUCUAAAUUAAGGGUUUUUUUUUAUUAACUUGCUGCUACCAGAACAUGAAAACUGCAAACUCUUAGCAGCUGCUGCAAUUCCUUAAAUUAAAAGGUGGAAAACUAGGGGGUGUAGGAAAUAUUUUCACUUACUUUUACACUUUUAUGGCACCAGUCUUUAUAGGGUUUUUGUCUUUUCAAUUCUUUAAGUGUACUAUAGGCUGUUUUUUGCCUCAAGUGUUGAUAAAUAUUAUUUAACAACUUAAAUGGACCCUUUUAAUUUUUGCUUGAUAUGGUUGCUUUUCAACUAGACUAUUGCCAGUUGAGCCAUGAUUUGAAUGCAUUGUUCUCAGGGCUGAAGUUCAUUAUUUUAACAGUAACUGCUUGCAAGUCUCUUACAGGGUUUUUCUGAUCCAUAGUAGCCUGUAGCUUUCCUGAGAUGGUGCACAGUCUAUAUAAUCUCAGAAUACUGUAUUCUACAUAAUCUGUAAAAGAAUCACAUUUGGGACUAGGUCAAACUAUUGUAGUUAGUAGGUUUACUGAAGUCAAGCAUGUUAAAAUAUUAAAUGGGCUUCAAAAUUCAAUAAAACACACUUUUUGUUGAAUAAUUAGAAUAUAGUUUGUUACAAGAAUUCAGGUUUGGAAAGGAAGAUUCAGUAUGUCCUUACUAUUAAGGCUAUUGGGUAUCACAUUGAAUUUUAUGUAUCAAGACAAUUUUAAUGAAGGUAUAAAUCUUAAUGAAUAUGUUAUGCUGAACAUAUGGUUGAAUUUUAGUUUUGCACAGUCCAUUUAGAGCUUCUUGAGUCUCAUUUUAACAUCUGUAGUCUAACCCUAAAGUAUUUGGCUUUUGAGGGUGAUUCUGUAUUGUGGUAAAUAACCAGUGUAAACUUAGAAACUCUCUUGUUUAGUUUAAAUGCUUGCUGCAUAUUACUGUAAAAUAAAUGAUACCCCAUUAUUCUCAAAUUAUUCUAUAUUAUAAACAUAUCAAGUACUAGUCAAUGUAUUUUUUUAAAAAGGGAGAGGGAAGAGGAGAAGUUUUAAUUACUGUAUUUAUGCAAUGACAUCAUACUAAUCAUAGCAAAAAGAAAACACCCUGUAAGUUAUUGUAUCUAGUCUUUAGGGAUAAGUGAGCAAAUGGACUUAUGGUUAUCAGCUGGACGGAUUCAAAUAUUUAUAUAUUGUAGAAUAUAUAUUUGCUUUUUAAAGUCCUAAAACCAAUAACUUGAAAGGUAUAACUGUACAUCUUUCAUUUGUGUAAUAGUGAAGCUCUCAGUUACUAAGCGUAAGGGAAGUUUGUUUGGCUUACAAAAGAUGGUUGAAAGAAGGCCCUUUAACAUUUAGACGAUGAAGCUGGCUAAAAUGUUUCUAUGAAAUAUUUGUGCAUUUGACUUUUAGUUACAGCAAGAGGGAUAGUGGAAGCUAAACUUAAGGUCCAGUCUUGAAAUACCUUUUAUUUUUAUUCACUACCUUUAGCAAUACAUUUGUUCAUUCCAUAUGAAAAACUUUUUUUUUUUUUUUAAACUAGAAGGGCUUGUCAAAGUUGUAUUGGGGGUUGGGGGGAGUGCUGACUUUCCUGUCAAAAGAAAUAAAAUCAAACUCUUAACAUUU